UGAAAAAAAAUGAUGUUGAUGAAUUCUUGAGUCCGUUGAUUUUCCCCAAAGUUUUGUGAUUGAGUCCCUUAAAUGCUCUUGUUGAAUGCUCUUACGAGUGCUGUUAAAAUUCCUUGAAUUAUUUGUUUUUGAGCUUGUUCAAUAAGGGAAAGAAUGUGUGAGGAUGUAGGUUGCUCGCUUUGCUUAUGAAAAUUCUUCCGAUUUGUAGUGGCAUGUCGCGCGUUUGUUGCUUUGUCGGGGCUUUGAGUGUUGUACUUCAUAGUUGUGAUUCUUAGGGAGUGCGCUAGUGGGCUACUUAUCCUUUGAUAUAGUGUGGUUGUUCCCGGGCUAAUUCUUUAUUGUUAUUGAAAUUGUCCAGAUGCCGCGGGCCAAGGGGAAGAAAGCGGCAUCAUCUUCACGCGCUCCCAAGGAUGUCCCACCGCCAUCUAAGCGGUCCCGACGUCGUGCCCCAUCAUCUCAUGCUACUGACGAGGAGUCGGAUGAGCCAUCGCGAAGACGGAAGACUGCCCCACCUCCUCCUUUGAUCCCCAUUGCGUCCCUUCCGCCCCCGAUCGCUUACUUUGCUAAAGAGCCAUCCUACCGGGUGACCUACAGUGGGCUUCAUCAAAAGCCCAUGGUACGACCCCGCGUAUUUGACCCUGUAGCACUGACAUCGGCGGGGGUGUGGGAUGAGAUUUUAGAGCUUCUGUGGGGGGAUUGGGCAGUCUUUUUCUCCAUUCGUGAGGGGGUGCACUCGCUCCUCACAUAUGAAGUUCUCUCCACGCUUACUAUUGAGCACACGAUUCGGGACCCAGAUUACCGCUUCUCUUUCAUGGCGUGUGGGAAGCGCCGCCAGAUGUCUAUCGGACAGCUUGGCGUCGCCCUUGGCUUUUGGAGCGAGGAGUUCCUUGACACCACAGAGUAUCACGCCCUUCCUCUUCAGGCUCCCGCGAGCCGCGAUCGCCAUGCCUUCUGGAAUGCCCACUCUGUCAUUGGAGCCCCUGAUCUACACUCAAAGAAAUGCAAAGCCACAUCACUUAAGUCGCCGGCUUGGAAGGUGGUCCAUAACGUCAUCGCGCACUCCCUACAUUUUAAGCCCCGCAACUCCACCACUUUCAAUCUCAAUGAUCUUUCGGUCUUCUAUUCUAUGGCGACCCGGACAAGGGUCAACACAGCAGUGGAGGUCGCCGGCAUGUUAGUGGCCCAGCAGAGCAGCUCAGUGGGCGGGAUCACUUGUGGGCCUAUUAUCACCAUGAUGGCCAGGUACUUGGGGUGCACAUCUGCGGAGUUAGCGCCAUUUGGCCCGUUCAUACCUGCUUUCUUUGAGCCGAUAUCCUCUCGAACGAUCCAGCGCCUAAAGCUGGAGCAGUUGCACCCGAGUGGUGGAGGUGCCCAUGUUACUCCCCCGAUCGAUACAGCGGUAGACACAGAGACCGACGCUGGUGGUCGUACCGAUGCGGCUACUGAUGCCGAGACAGAUGGCGCCACCGACACCGAUAGCAGAGUCCCACCCCGCCACCCCCGCGUCCCACGUUUCAAUAACCCGAGCCCUGGACAUGCCGAGCUCCUCCGCGCCAUCGCCGGUCUCAGCCUACGAUUCGACCAUGUUGACACUUCCAUAGGAGCACUACACCAGUGUGUGCGUUCUGUAGAGUCUUCCAUUUCCCGUAUAGAGGGGAACUGGGACACGGCGAUGGGUCGCAUCACUUCACUGGAGGAGCGGGUCUCUACUUUUCCCUCAUCCCGUCCGCCGCCAGGUGGCUCGGGUCAGCCUUCUGCAAAUGGGAGCGAGCCCAUGAUUGAUGCCACUCAGCCCCCAUUCAUAUGAUUCACUCAUGCACUACUUGUUUUCUUUAGUUUUGUAUUUUUAUUUUCUGUUUGAAACUCUUGCUUUACGGGGGCACCCAGACGCUUUGCUCUUCAUCUACGGUAUGUAUGCUACUUUAUGGGGACGCCUUGACGUUUAUUUUUGUAUUUAUGGGGGCGCCCCGACGCUCUUUGUUGUGCUUUCAUGAUCCUAUCUGCUUGUAUGCUUGCGCUUGGGUUCUUGAACCCCUCCACUGUGCUCUCUUGUUGAGACAUCGAGGCCGAUGCCUGAUUCUAAGUGUGGGGGGGUUGUGCGCUUUUCUUGAAGUGAACUAAAGCUUGUGAUUGUGGGUUUGAGUGUGGUCACUUUGACAUUUCUUGAUUGUUGUCAAGAAUGAGUUUGUAGAUGCAUGUGAAUAGGUGUAUAAACUUGUUUAAAGGUGCUCAUUGAUCAACUCUUUUGCUUGAGAUUUGUUAGGAGUUCACAUUUUGACCACUUGAGAGUUUAGAGACACAUCUUUCACACACUCACACUCAUUGCAUGAAAUGAUGAAGGCACUAGUUCACCUCCACCCAUCCACAUUUCCACUUCCAUAACCCUACGUCGUCCCCUUUAGGUGAGGCCCCGUUGAGCUUGAUCAUUUCUUUCUCUAUCCGAUUAUUGCUCUAUGGCCAUAUUGCUUCGACUUGGGACCGUGUUGGGUGUUUGAGUUUUCAUUAGGUUUUGACAGGUACACAAUGGGUGGAUUCUCCUUAAAUUUUGCCUUUGAGGGGGUUGAGAUGCAAUGACGACUAGGGUGAGCAUGGCCGCCUUUUGAAUCCUAAUGUUCCUCAUUUGUCAGGUUGUGUCGAAGUUAUUGGUUUGGGACAUUAUCCUUGGGAAUUUCAUCUCCGUGAAGGGGCUCUGCUCUACUCGUUAAUCGUGUUCUGCGAGAGUAGAGUAUAUUUUACAUGAGAUAACCCGACAAAUCAGUAAUUAGGCACAUCCAUGACCAACCAUUCCAAAAAAAAAAAAAAAAAAAAAAAAAAAAGGUUGACUCAUCCCCAUACUGAACCAAAACCCAUUUGCACACUUAAGGUAUACACUAGCAGGUGGUUGAGCCUUGAGUGUGUACCAUUGCUUGCCCACUAAAGUCGGAGCUAUAGAUGAUACCCUUUCGGGUAAGAACCCUAGUUGUGCCUUGAUGACCUUUGAUUACGUUUACAUCUGACCGUUUUUAGAUUUUUGGCCUAAACCAUCACCUUGCUACCCCAUACCUUUCAUCCAUCUUAACCAUCCCCAUAAGUCCUUUUGAUCAUGCCUUGAGUUUAGAAUGUGAGAGAGAGGUGACCUUGUGAGGAUAAGAGUGGAAAAAUGUUGACCGUGUGCUUGUGUUACUCCUUGCUUGUCUCUAUGUUGAAAGAAUUAAUCAAUGUGCAUCUUUAUCUUGAUUAUGCAUUCUGUCUCAUGACAUUCACUAUUUCUUGUAUACACUCAUUCAUUCUUGACUCAAUUGGUUGGUGCCUUGGGAACUCAUUGAACUUGUGCUCCGAGUUUUAGUUUGCUUGAGGACAAGCAAAGACUCAAGUGUGGGGGAGUUGAUAGGUGUGAAAACACUUAAUACUUUCUCAUAAAAUAUAGUCUUUGUUUGUUAACCUUUGAAGAUUUUUGCCCCAUUUUGGUUAAAUUUGUGCAAUAUUUUGGUUGUAGGAACCAUGAUAAGUAUUUGAGCAUUGUAGGGGUGAAAACGAGCAUUUUGAAGAGUCUCGAGAGCAUAAAUGGAUGAAU